UCUUAACUCCCAGUGAACAGUUAAAAGCUGUGCUGGCCGCCUUGUCGUGUCGCUUCUCCUCCCACUCCGCCAAACCGUAUAAAACACAUCUGAAAAUUAGCAACACGAGCAAACUUGUCGUGCCCUCAACUGCGAGCAGAGAUGGAGGCGAGAGACGGCCAAAGCUCGACUUUCCCGGACAUCGUGGAGCUGAACGUGGGUGGUCAGGUGUACGUGACCGGGCUGGACACGCUCAGGGCGGUGCCAGACUCCCUACUGUGGGCCAAGUUCAGCCAAAGUUCACCGGACGAGCUUCCCAAAGACGCCAAGGGUCGCUACUUUUUCGACCGAGACGGCUUUCUGUUCCGUUACAUUCUGGACUACUUGCGGGACUCGGAGCUCUUCCUGCCCGAGUUCUUCAAGGAGAGGAGGAGGUUGCAGAAGGAAGCGGACUUCUUCCAGCUCGCGGAGCUGUCGAGGCGCCUGGCGGCCCCCGUCAAGGACGGCUCCCCCACGGAGGACAGCGGGGAGCCGGAAGAGGCAGAGCUCGCCAGCCCGUCCGCCACCUCGCCCUCCUCACACCGAACGAGCGCGGGUUACAUCACGAUAGGCUACCGGGGCAGCUACACCAUCGGCAGAGACAUCCAGGCGGACGCCAAAUUCCGCCGGGUGGCCAGGAUAACCGUGUGCAGCAAGAUCUGCCUCGCCAAAGAAGUGUUUGGGGACACGUUGAACGAGAGCCGGGACCCGGACCGACCCCCGGACAAAUACACGUCCAGGUACUACCUCAAGUACAACUUCCUGGAGCAGGCGUUCGACCGGCUGGCCGAGGCCGGCUUCCACAUGGUUGCCUGCAACUCCACGGGGACUUGCUCGUACGCCAGCAGCGACCCGGGCGAGGACAAAGUGUGGACCAGCUACACCGAGUACGUUUUCAGUCGGUGAACUCCAAUGGACCCUUGGACGUGGCAGUGGCCACUUAUUUCUGCAGUGUUUAUUGUAGUCUACCGUGUGUUUUCUAGGUACACUUUGUGUAUCCGGUAUUUAAGCGCUAAGGAGAAAAAGUGUUCAUACAGGUGGGGGUCACCAACCUUUUGGAAAGUGAGUAUCAAAGUUUGAGACGCAUGGCAAAAAGUAACACACUUGCUCAAAUGACCUCUAGUUUGAUGUCAUUCAAUUUAAUUGAUUAACAUAAAUGUGCAACAUCCCCCCCCCCAUGUGGUUUCAGUUUAUAAUCACUUCUUAAACAUUCCAACAAAACAAUUACGCGUAGCUCUUUUUAGAACAUGCUUAUGGGCUACUCAUGGGAUCCUCACCUUGUUGAUGGCCAAGCGCAUCCAGCACAUGAAAUGUAAAAAUGUUUUGCUUGGUGUUUAAAUGCACCUACUAUUUGUACGUGUAUUAUUGUUUUGGUGGUAUUAUGACAGAGCUUAGCUUUAGAAAUUCUUCUGGAAUAAUUUUUAAAAUCCCUUUGUUGCUCAGGAUUGUACUUGGUCUAUAUAAACAACAAGAAAAUGCUCAUCACUUAAUUUUUUUUGUAAAAUAUUUGUAUUGCAAUAAUAAUCAUUUACAUGACUGGGAGUCAGAUUGGCUCAUUCUGAUUCUCAGAUUAAAAGAAAAAGCCCAAAAUAGCCUGUGACAUGUGUAUGAUCUGUGUAUUUAACUAUAUUGAAUAAAGUGUGACAAGGAAAUUCA